AUGGGAAGAGCGGCCGAGACGAGACGACAGACGCGCGCGCACGUCCGAAGGACUCUACCUAGACUGUGGCGGCCGGCGGAGAAAGCGCACGCGCAGACACCGCGCAGUCUGCCCGCGAUGCGUUUUCGCGGCGGAAAUCGACAGUCUUUUCCGGACGUAGACGCGGCCCAGCCCCCUCGUCUCGCUCCGUCGGACGCGCUUGUCUCUCUAUUUUCCUCGAACUCCGAUAGAAGCCGCUCAGCUCGCGGCCGCUUCGCCGAAACGCCGUCAGAU